CUCAAGUCACUCGGCGUCCGAGCUCCGUCCCCAGCCGCGGCUUCCGCGGGGCAGCGGGAGCAGGCGGGGAGCGGCCGGCGCGCGCGCGCCCAGGGGAGUUGGGGUUCGCAGGGGGUUGUUUUCGGCUCUGAGGAGGUCCCCGCCCAACCUUCAAAAUUUUGUCCAAAAGCAGACAAGAGGAUCGCCCCGCGCUGAGCCGGCUGGUGGGCAGCAGGAGGCGCCUGAUCGCCGCCGGGGCGCUGGGGGUGGUGAUGGUGCUGCUGCUGGUCAUCCUCAUCCCGGUGCUGGUGAGCUCGGCCGGCACGUCGGCGCACUACGAGAUGCUGGGCACCUGCCGCAUGGUCUGCGACCCCUACGGGGGCACGAAGGCGCCCAGCACCGCCGCCACGCCCGACCGCGGCCUCAUGCAGUCCCUGCCCACCUUCAUCCAGGGCCCCAAGGGCGAGGCCGGCAGGCCGGGGAAGGCGGGCCCGCGGGGGCCCCCCGGGGAGCCCGGGCCGCCGGGUCCCGUGGGCCCUCCGGGCGAGAAGGGCGAGCCCGGCCGCCAAGGCCUGCCGGGCCCGCCCGGGGCGCCCGGCCUGAACGCGGCCGGGGCGAUCAGUGCCGCCACCUACAGCACGGUGCCCAAGAUCGCCUUCUACGCCGGCCUCAAGCGGCAGCACGAAGGCUACGAGGUGCUCAAGUUCGACGACGUGGUCACCAACCUCGGCAACCACUACGACCCCACGACGGGCAAGUUCACCUGCUCCAUCCCGGGCAUCUACUUCUUCACCUACCACGUCCUGAUGCGCGGAGGGGACGGCACCAGCAUGUGGGCUGAUCUCUGCAAGAACAACCAGGUGCGUGCCAGUGCCAUCGCUCAAGACGCCGACCAGAAUUACGACUAUGCCAGUAACAGUGUGGUUCUUCACCUGGAGCCGGGAGAUGAAGUCUACAUCAAAUUAGAUGGUGGGAAAGCCCACGGAGGGAAUAACAACAAAUACAGCACAUUUUCUGGAUUUAUUAUUUACGCUGACUGAUACCACA